AUGAAACUCACCCCCUGCCUCUACGUGCGCAACCUGCUGGCCGCGCUGCAUCCACCGCUCCCUCCACGAUCCGCUCGAGAGUCGAAACAACUGCUCAAUGUGCUAGAGUCGGCAUUUCAAAAACACUUGGACGAAUCGCAUCCGUCGCCAAAAGCUGUACGUGCCGCCGAUGCCGCGCCCGAAGUCGAAUCAAUCCCGGAUCCUGCUCAGCGAAUCACACAUUCUACGCACUCUCAUCUAGACACAAUCCUCAGCCAUCCUCUUCUCCGUCAAAAGUCGACAACCUUUGUCCCAUCCCAUGGCCUCGCCGCGGCGGCAGUGUCGGCCUUUGAUGAGGCAUUAGUUCGAAAAGGACUCGAUUUCCAUCUGGUCCAAUCUUGCUCCAUCCAGUACUUGCAAGGGAGAGAAAAGAAAGAGCCGGUUCAAAAUGAUGGAAAGUUGGGUCCACGGUUGGCCAGCUGGUUUACGUCGUUGAGCAAUGGUGACAAAAAGGAAUUCCUGGUCAAUGGAAACUCCCUGGCUUCGGUUGUACCGGUGAUGUAUCUGGAUGGAAUGGAAGCCGAAGUGUGGGAAUGGCUUCGGACUUUAUAUGAACGACCAUUCGAUAAAUGGAUCUUCCUACUCUCGGAUACCACCGCCCCAGGUGCCCUGAAGUACCUCCGCGCAGAAGACACACUGGUUGCACUCAUGAUGAGAGAGUCAAUGCGCAAGGGCCUUUUCCAUGAUGCCGCUCAACAGUACGUCCAGGCGUGUGAAUACCGGUUGAAGACUGGUAGAACGACCCCGACUGAGGGCUCCUCACUGUCUGACCCCUUUAAGCGGUCGUGGCAACAAAUCGCCCGUGGUAUCUUGCUCCGUCGCAAGUCCCAUCAGAUCCCCGUGGAUCUUUUUGAUUCGGUGUUGAAGUUCGGGCUGAGCAUCAACUCGUCGCCGUUUGAUCAAGCCAUUUUGCGAAUAUAUCAUCCGACAUCGCCGUCGGCCGAAUCUUUGUCGGUCAAAGUGACAGAGCCAGCUUUCCAGCAGAGAUUCUUGCACUGGCAGAAGAAGCUCAACAAGUCGGUGCAAAAAGCUUUGCUUGUCUCUAUGCUAGAUGCGGCGCAGCUGUCGCUGGAACAAAACCGGCCUUCGCGAGCACGAAAGUUUUUGGACUUUGUGGAAACCAGUUAUCCUGAGAUGGUCUCUACCAAGACCGAAGCAAGUACCGUCGAAAGAUUGAGACUUGCCCGAAAGGAGACUUUGAAUCGGAGAGAGACUCGACAUAUUCCAAUCCCAGUCCUGGUGUGA